CAUGGGUGUGCCAAAAAAACCCCCCAUAAGCGUUUCAUUUCCCCAACGCUAAUGCACAGAACAGCCUGCUCUGACCCUCCCAUUUCUCAGUCUCCAGCAUUAGAGCAGAGCUUCCGGAACCCUCAGCAGAUGCUCUUCAGUGGCCACAGACAGGAUGUUGAGACGGCUGCGCUUCUCAACACGUGUUUGAGUUGUAUCUUCGGAAACAUUACUUACUGACCGUCACAACAAAAACCAAGGCGAGCGGCAGCUGAACAGGCCUGUGGGAAGAUGAACGUCUCCGUCUUGGUGUCGGACAGCGUCCUGCAGAUGCUGGACAGCCCUGUGCUGACGCUGGGCCUCCCGCUGGUGUACCUGCUGGUGUUCGUCUUCAGCACGCCCUGCAACCUCGUGGCGCUCUGGCUGUUCUGCUGCCACACCAAGCACAAAAACGCCACCGCCGUCUUCGCCAUCAACCUGUCGCUCACCGACCUGCUCUACAGCGCCUCCCUCCCCUUCCAGGUCGCCUACCACCUCCGCGGCAACGACUGGCCCUUCGGCCGGGCCAUGUGCAGCGCGGUGACCACGGCGUUCUACGCCAACACGCACUGCUCCAUCCUGACCACCUGCGCCAUCAGCCUGGAGCGCUACUGCGGCAUCGUGCACCCCCUGCGCACCAAGCACUGGCGCACGGGCGGGAGGGCCGCCGUCGCGUGCCUGCUCAUCUGGGCCGUGGUGCUGGCCGUGCACCUCCCCCUGCUCCACAACAACCUGGUGCUGCACGUGCAGCAGCUCAACGUCUCCACCUGCUUCGACGUCCUGCCCAAGGCGCUCUUCCCCCGCGAGUCCCUGGGAUACCUGUACUUCGGCACGGUCCUCCUGCUGUUCACGAUCGCCCCCCUCUUCGUGCUGAUCGGCUGCUACGCCGCCAUCAUCCGGAAGCUGUACGGGUCGCGGGACACGGACACGCCUCAGCAGGCCAAGAGGCAGACCAUCCGCCUCCUCCUGGUGGUGGUGCUUUGCUUCGUCAUCUGCUACCUGCCCCACAUCACGAUGCUGAUGCUCCACAUGGCCUACACGGCCCAGGGCAAGAGCCUGUACGUCUACUACAAGCUCUCCCUGGGCGUCAACAGCCUCAACUGCUGCUUCGACCCGUUCAUUUACUACUUCGCAUCGAGGGAGUUUCGGCAGAAACUUUCCGCAAAGAUUUCGUGCGCUGCGGGCGACCAGGAAAACACCUCAGACGAGGGGAAUGCCUCCAAGGGAGGUUUGAGCCAAAACGCCUCCCUGCUGAAAGAAUAAAGUAGUCCCUUUCACUCAGAGUUCUAUCACCACAGAGACACUGCAGUUUGGCAGAAAUGGGAGCAAGCACAGAGACCUGGGGGAACUUCCCACUGCUGACGAGUUCAAAGAAAUCAGCCAAACAGCCAAAACCAGCAUCACACGCACCACAGCAAUGUUCUCCGUUUUAAAUAAACUCUGAUUAAGUAUGUUUUACCCUGAUGGAGUAUAUUUCAUUGUUAUUGGACUCCGCACUGUAGUUUUUCCUGCUUGUGUCAAACUUGACAGCUUCUCGGUAUCAGUCUUUCACACUUAGAGUAUAUUUUAAGCUCAAUACUCAAAACCGUUUUGCUGUGCGGUG